AUGCUGAGUCUACCGAAGCGAUGGUCACUUCGGAGUCUGCAAAUCUGGCUUCUGGCUGUUUUCAUCCAGCCAUGCACAUCCUUCAGCCGCCCGAGUUUGGCGUUGACCAGACUUGCAGGUGAGCCUUCGCAGGACCAGCCCGGGAAUUGGGCGCCAGCAUUGGUGGACCAACAGUGGGUGGAGUGGAAGGCCUCUCACCCAAGGCUCUGCUCCGUCUUCACGCAUAUCUGUCUUUAUAACAUCAGCCCCCCUUCGAACCGACUGGCAAUCAUCACGGCACAAGACAUGCGCGAGAACAUGCUUGGCAUCGGAUCCUGCUGGUUCGUGCCACUCGUCCUUCUCUGCACCGCCUUCGGGGUAUGGCGGCCUGGGUUGCCUCCAGCAGCAAGCAGCUCGGCCUUCCGCCUCGACAAGCUUACCGCCUGGUGGCAUCGCGGCCCACGGCUCUCAGCGAUUUCCUUGAAAGUCUGCGUGUGCACGUUGCUCCUGAUUGAGCUGCUUGGCUUGACAGCGCCGAUGCUUGCAGUUCUGUCUUUGCCCGAUACCUUGAGACGAGUGCGGCGACAUCCGUACGGGCCAGCAGAGGAGCUGGGCCUACUGGAAGGUCACAGCCUCGCAGAAACGCCGCAUCUAAUGCCGCGGCUCACGUAUUUGUUCAUGCCAGAUCUGGACGACAGCACUGCUGACGGCUAUGCCUCGUUUCACGCUGGCCUUCUGGCCACAAUGCUGUUUGCGUGGUGUAUCUUCCUGGCCGCACCAUGCACCUGGAGAAGGACUUGUACGGCGUGCUAUACCUGGGGAGCGGCGAUGUAUUUCUAUUCCGGCAGCCUGGGCAUGAUGUUCGCGCCCACCACCAGCGUGUGCUGCUCGUACUUCUUUGUGGUAGGUGCUGCCUUCGUGGUGGCAGACGCCGAAGAUGCUUCUGCGCAGGCAUGGUUGUGGAAGUUUCUGGUCAUGAGCAUACUGGCACCAUACUACCUUGCAGCGGGCUUCGCGAAGCUGCGGUACCUUGGCUGGAUGUCAGUUCUUACGGGGAGUUGGAUGCGGAAAGCUCUAGAUGCCGCGUCCUUUUUUCCCGGCUUCAAUGCUUGGGCAAAAACCACGCCAUGGAUGACAGCCCUACUGUCGUGUGGGUGGAUGCUCGUCGAGUUCGUGGGGCCUCUGCUCGUCCUUGCCAUCGAUGUUGGAAAGCCCUGUUCCAAGGUUGUGCGCUGGACUCUUACGUUAUGGAGUUCACUUGUGGUGUGCUUUGUCCUGGGAACCUUUGCCUUCCUGAGUCCCAAUUUUGUUCGCCAUCUUCCAUUGGCAAUGCUGAUGCUGCAUGGUCUGUGGUGCUCAGAUGGAUCAGAGAGCCAAGUUCGUCCUGACGCUCACGGAGCCCCACCUUUGGUAUAUCACUGCCGGGUCAUACUGGCAAUGCUGAUGUUGACACCAUGGUUUGCUGUUGAACUGUGGUCAGACCUAGCACAUCUCACCGGCGCCACCCCACAAUUAGCAAGGCAUGAUCCGGGUUGGCCAACCGGUGAGUUGGUCAUGUUCGUCCAUCCUUCGGAGACAUCGAAUUAUGCGCGCUCUCUGCUUCUCCAGAUGUUGGUCAUUUGUGGACUUUGCACGAAGAAGUCGCGGGACGUUUGGUCCGCCACGAAGACCAGUGCAUAG